GUCUGCGGGCGUUGGUGAGCAUCUUGCAGAGCUGGUACACGCUCUUCACGCCGACGGAGGCCACCAGCAUCGUCGCAGCCACCGUCAUGUCCCACAACACCAUCCUGCGCCUCAGCCUCGACUACCCCCAGCGGGAGGAGCUGGCUGGCUGCGCCAGGACUCUGGCCCUGCAGUGCGCCAUGAAGGACCCCCAGAACUGCGCCCUGUCGGCCCUGACGCUCUGCGAGAAGGACCACAUCGCCUUCGAGACGGCCUACCAGAUCGUAAUAGACGCGGCGUCAACGGGCAUGACCUACUCGCAGCUGUUCACCAUCGCGCGCUACAUGGAGCACCGGGGGUACCCCCUGCGGUCGUUCAAGCUGGCCUCCCUGGCCAUGACGCACCUCAACCUGGCGUACAACCAGGACACGCACCCCGCCAUCAACGACGUGCUGUGGGCCUGCGCGCUCAGCCACUCGCUGGGGAAGAACGAGCUGGCGGCCAUCAUCCCCCUGGUGGUGAAGAGCGUGCACUGCGCCACCGUGCUGUCCGACAUCUUGCGGCGGUGCACCAUGACGGCGCCGGGCCUCGCCGGCAUCCCCGGGCGGCGGAACUCCGGGAAGCUGAUGUCGACGGACAAGGCGCCGCUGCGGCAGCUCCUGGACGCCACGAUCUCGGCGUACAUCAACACCACGCACUCUCGGCUGACGCACAUCAGCCCGCGGCACUACGGGGAGUUCAUAGAGUUCCUGAGCAAAGCGCGGGAGACGUUCCUGUUGGCGCAGGACGGCCACAUUCAGUUCGCCCAGUUUAUAGACAACCUGAAGCAGAUCUAUAAGGGCAAGAAAAAACUGAUGAUGUUGGUCAGGGAGCGCUUCGGCUGACCUUCACUCCUGCCUCACAGAGACCCCCGUUUUUGUUUUUGAAGUAUUUCAACUUAUUUGUUUCUAUUUAAGGCUCUUUGGAUUAUUUGUAUUUUUUACUUCUUUUGUUGAGCCAUUUGUUGACUAAGUCUUACGGUUUUAUUCUGUUUGUUUCUCGAAUGUGAACCAGGAAGUGUUCGCAGUACAUCACUCUACUUAAACUAAGAACCAACAAGAAACGAAAGGCGUCUACCCCUCUAAUUGUUAAAUUUAGUUUAAGAAUGUGAUGACAAAAGCAAAAGAAACGUUUGCUUUUUUUGAGUGGCUUAUGACAAUAUGAAUACCAAAUGAUCCUCCUGGAUGGGGUGUGUACUUUGAACCGAAGGAUACUUUCAGCCGUGGUUAAGAAGAAGAAGUGGCUUCCAAAGCGGAGAGAAAAAGUGUGUGUGGGAAAACAGAGCGGUUCAAAACUCAUGCAGUGUUACUGUCGUACCUUGACUGUCACAUGUCAGCUUUAACUUAUCUGGCAGAAAUAGCCUCUUGUUUGAUUCAGGGCUUCUUAGAAGAGAGAGGUUAGAGGACAGAGCUACGUUAAGUCUCUGUUGAAGAAGUGAAAAACCUUUUCUUGGUUGCUCUCCUAGAAAGAUCUCAAGUGAAAAGCCUACAAUGCUUUACAGGAUGCAUGUUUCUGAAUGCCUGACAGUGACAUUCUGGCUGCUCUAGCUAACAGCUGAGCCUUCAUGUGCACAUCGUCAUAUUCCUGUACACAAUAUGUUUUUAUGUCCUCCUAAAAACGUAUCGACAGACACAAAAUUACUGUCGUAGUCGAUGAUUUUGGAGGAGUUCCUGUGUUCAGAGAAACCACUUCACAGCUGCUCAGCUGUUCACGGUUGAUAAUUUAAAAUGUGCAAAAUGUCUGUGGUCGUGUUCUACUCACAAAAAUCAAGAUUUUUUUUCUUAAAUCACUUAGCAGCUUCACGUUCGUGAUCUUGUGUUUAAUUACGAAGCUUUGAAAACUAUUUGGACCUUUUCAGAAUCUACUGGGUGUUCAUUCUGCCCGUCACUGAAACCCCUUUCCCAUCACAAGAGCCUAUGACAGAAAAAAACAAAAAUUAUUUCCAAUUAUUUUAAUGAAACUACAAACUUAUUAGUACAGUAAAUUGUAUCGCUAAUUUCUCUAGUUUCAAACUUUUGUUUCAGACUUGUCAAACAAGUUCUAUUUGUUCAAAUACUGGCCAGCAUAUUGUGCAAGUUUUACCWGUUACAACAUAAAUAAGUGAUGCUACAAAAUAUAAAUGUCAUCAAAAGUAUUUAUUGGAUUUACCUUUAAAAAAAUUCAUUGAAUUUAUUCAUAUUUUGCAUUUAUAGCAAUAUGGCACAUACAGCUGAAUAAUCUGUAUUGUUUUAUAUCGAUGACUUCAUGUACAGCUAAAAAAAUUGCCUUGUCAUUCCCAUUAGCUGUACAGAAUUAACAGCUAGUUCAGUAAACACUCAAAUACAUUUUCAUAGGAAGAUUUGAUGGUUUGGAAUACAAACAUAGAGAAAACGUUAUGUGAAGCCAGUAAAACUUCACUAAUCUGAUGCUAAUAAUGCUCCAUGUCUCGUCAAUGAAAAAAUUAGCAUCUUUGUGCUAAACCUCCCUACAUUAGCUAAAGCYCCACUGCAACGUUAUGCUGCGAACAAGUGCCCAAAAUGACAUAAUAAAUUUUAUUUUUCGUUAUUUUAAGAAAAAGUGUGUAUUUGGUAAAAAAAAAAAAAGUUAGCAUCUUUUGCUAACUCUAUAACGUUAUGACAGUGUUGAGUUUUAAGCUAACUCUGCUGCCCCCUACUGGGCAAAAUAAUUGGUAUUUUAAAAAAAAAUGAGUGUGCAGUCCACAACAUUACCCAGAUCUUAUCUAAAUCCAAAUUAGGCGAGUUUAGUUUAUAAUCUGUAGUUUCUUGGUCUUGUGAUGGAAAAGGAUGUGAAGUUUGCUGUGAAAGUUUCUGGUUGUUAUUAUUUUCAACUGUGAAGAAGAGCGGCCUUGUCUUACUCAAAGAAUCAGAAAUAUAUGAUCCACUGGCAAAGAGGGACAAAAAAAGAAUUAGCAUUUUUAAGAACUUGACUUCGUUGUAUUUCAGACCACAUGCCUUGACACAGGAAGUGAAUUUCUUUUUUCACAAGGUGCAUCCAUGUUUCGUUUCUUUAUCUGUUGGCAUAUUGUCAUUUCAGUGGCAAUCUUUGAAUUGAUUAGACUAAAUGUACAAGCACUUCACACGAAUACCUCUUCAGUACGUUCCUGCCUGCUUCUGCAUUUAUUUAUUGAUUGUUUGGAAACUUUGUGUGGCUGAGUUGAAAUCGCAGACGUACAUGAAAAAAGAAAAGAAAAACGCAAGGGGGGCAUUUAAGCAGGAAAAAAAACACAUUUUCUGAUCUGCCUCUACAUUCCAUGAGAGAUACCUUUUACUCCCUACGUGGGUCGUCAGUCAUAACUCUGAUCCUUUUUAUUUUGUAUUUGAAGACAUGCAGAAAGACAAAUAAAUGGGUGGGGGAAGGAAAACUGAGCAAAAGAGAGAAAAGAGGCUAAACUCAGUUCUCAGGGACAUCACUUAAAGAAACAACAAAAAAAAUAGUAGCAUUAAGCAUUUAAAAUAUUGUAAAUAUGAAAGUGUCAAUUCAGAAAAUUGUAAAGUUAUAAUUAUUUAUGAUAAGUAUGUUACAUAUUUGUUUGUUUUUUUCUUUGUUUUGUUUUAUUGGCCGGGGGUGUACUUGAAUACUGUUUUGAACGGGGAAUUUUGACUUUUUUUUUUUUUUUUUUGUAAGAGCAAAGACUUCAAGGCAUUUCUCAGGUGCUCCUGUGUACAUUUCUUUUACGUUUGAUGUUUUAUUUUUCAUAUUUCUUUUUUGCUAAUGUGUUGUCAUUUGCGAAAAAAAAAAAAGGAAAUCUGUUUUCCAAAAUGAGACAUUGGGGGGAGGGGGGGGGAUGAGGGAGGCAUUCCUUUGUAAACAGAUUUGUACUAAAACCUGACUAUGCAGAACCACUUCGAUGGUCUUGUCCCYUCUGACAAACUUAUUUUAUUAUUUUAUUUUUUUGUGGGGGACCAGACAUGGUGGGGUGUGAACCACUAUUGAAACCAGGAAGAAGGGACGGAUGUUGGGACGAUGUUCAGUCGCAGCGCCUUGCACCUGCUGCAACUUCUAGAGGAGGUGAAACACAAAACGGUGGUUGAAAAAAAAAAUGCCUUUCUGACCGAUCAAUGUACAAAGUUGAUUUUUUUUUAGCUUUAUUUCUGUGUUUCCUUUUAUUUUUAAUUUAAUUUCAUUUUUUUAAAUCAGGACCCAAGCCUUUAGUGUCUUCUCAGCGGUGUUGGAGUGCGAACAAAAGAGACGGCCUGUUCAUUCCUUUAGGAGCUUCUAAUUUCUGACAGAUACUUUUUUUCCCAGUCUGACGUUUGUUUGCCUCACACAGGGACAGUCGUGGAUUGAAGCCGUGCAUCAUGAUGUGUUUAGGUGCAGCUUCUUCUUUUGUUGUCUUAAAGCACAGUGAGAUGAGUGCGCCGCAUCUGUCUUGUAUCCUCACUACCUGCUUUUUUUUCCAAAAAAGAUGCAUCGUAAAGUUACAAGUUAAUGCCAUUAAAAGAAAAGUACCGUUACUUUACCGAUCGCAGCAUCAGCUGCCUUCGUGUGAUGCUUUCACUCGACAGCGUUACACCCAGAAGCUCUUCCCUGUGUGUUGAUUAAAUCGGCUGAUUUCCUGAGGUUGUUCUCCUUUUUCCGCAGGGUUUUUGUUUGUUUUUUUAUUUGUAGGAGAUUACUAUUUGCUGGUAGAGACAUAGUUCACCUACUGUUUUCCUGUUAGGUUUUUUUGGUUUCCAUUUCCUUCUUAAGGGAAAAUUGAAAGUGUUUGUUGCCUCUUUGUGCUACUGAUUUUGAAAAGGUAUUUCCAGUAUUUGUUGCCACAGAAGUAUCUUAGCUUAUCAUCAACAUUAUUUUGUUUAAAAAAAUUUGUUUUAUUUUGUUUUUUGUUUUUUGUGCGACUUUCUGAGCUACUGUCUAUAAAGCAAGAAUUUAUGACUAUUUAUGUAACGCUACUACCAUUUUAUAUUGAUUUGUGUUGAAAUCUCAGUGCUUUUCUAUAAAUAAAGUGUGAAACACGUUA